UUAAUCACCUCUGGACUUUUUUAUUUUUUUCUUAAACCAAAAAGCACUGAAAAUUUUGAAAAAAAAAAAAGUUUUUUCUUAGUUUUUGUUUAUAAAAUUUUGUAAAUAAGUGAUUUUUCUCCUUCACUGAUGUGCGCUAAUGAGGCUGCACUGAUGGACGCUGAUAGGUGGCACUGAUGUGGAGGCACUGUUAGGCGGCACUGAUUGGCACUGAUAGGCGGCACUGAAAUGUGGCACUGAUGGCCACUGGCAGG